AUGCGCGACUCCGGUAUCGAAGUCGUCUAUAUGGGAAUGCGCGUCACCGCCGACCAGGUGGCCCAGACCGCUCUGCAGGAAGAUGCCGACGUUGUGGGUAUCAGCAUCCUGUCAGGGGCGCACAUGCGCUUGAUGCCUCGCCUAACCAAGGCACUCGAGGAUCGCGGAUUGACGGAUGAUGUCCUUGUGCUGGUGGGUGGCACCAUCCCAGAGGACGAUGUAGAGCCGCUGCAGAAAUUGGGGAUCCAUGGCGUCUUCCCAGUUGGAAGUUUCACUUCGGAAAUGAUUGCCUUCAUUUUCUCCAACGUCCGGCGGGAAAAUUAG